UCUUCCAUUAUCAUAGAUAUCACUGCCAACAAAUCGAUAGAAAUGUUCAAAUACGUGCUACUCGUUGCUUUCAUCGCUUAUGCCUCGGCCGCUGCUGUCAGCAGUUCCGAUGAUGCUCAUGCCGAAGUCAGUCUACAGAAGUCCGAAGUUCGCGUCAAUGGCUUUGACACCGAAUUGGAGACCAGCAACAGCAUUCACGUCGUGCAACACGGUGAUGAAAAGGGCAACAUCAACGGCGAAUACGGUUGGAUAUCACCCGAAGGCGAACACGUCAUUAUAAACUACGUUGCCGACGAGAGCGGUUACCACCCACAGAGCGAGCUCUUGCCCGUCGCACCCCCAGUACCAGAGGCCAUCGUCAAGGCACUCGAGUACAUCGCAUCUCACCCCUCAAAGGAAAGCACGAACUAAGCGAAUUAGAAUGGACAAAUGUGAUA